CUGCGUGCUUCGCCCAGAUACUUCCGGUGCGACGGGCCUAGUGCUGUCGCUCUGCAAGCGGCCACCGAACGCCGCCAAUUACCUAGAUCCUGCUGCUGCCCUUGCGGCCACGCAAUGGAGCGCCUUGAUAAAGCGGCGCUGAACGCGAUGCAGCCUCCAGAGUUUAGAAAUGAAAAUUCUUUAGCUUCAACCCUCAAGACACUCCUGUUCUUCACAGCUUUAAUGAUCACAGUUCCUAUUGGGUUAUAUUUUACAACCAAAUCUUAUGUAUUUGAAGGUGCCCUCGGAAUGUCCAAUAGAGACAGCUACUUUUAUGCUGCAAUUGUUGCUGUUGUUGCUGUUCAUGUCGUUCUGGCCCUGUUUGUGUAUGUCGCUUGGAAUGAAGGUUCAAGACAGUGGCGCGAAGGCAAACAGGAUUAAAGUGAACAUCACCUUUUGAUAACAUGAAAUUUAUUUUUUGAAUAUGUUAAGUACUUCUGGGAUAUUGAUAAUGAAUACAUUUUGCUUGAAUAAAGUUGAAAGGACAUGGUAAAAUCAAUCUUAAGGAGUCAGUCGCAUUUGGCUAAAUUUUGACCCUCCCAAUAAUGUGGUCACUUAGAACUUUGAAUCUCCAUUUUCAAAUGAACAUUUGGAAAAGUCCGAUAGGUACAAAUGUAUAUGUUAAGAGAGUUAUAUCGCAUGCUAGGAAAAAUUUAAUUACCUUAUAAUAACAAAAAUGUAUAGCAAUUUGCCUUAUACUUGCUUUUCAGUUUUAUUUAUUUGGCUAGAUUAAGAAACACUCAGUGAAGCAAAUCUAAACUUCCCUUUUCACCGGUGGACUUCCUGGAAAAUACCAGGCACUUGGAUUUGUGAUUCUAAUUUCCUGUAGAAAGUUACCUAAAUUGUAGGCAAUGUAGAUAACCUGAAUGUCACUGAGAAAUGAUAACUCUCACAUUCCAUUUUUUAAUGGGGAAAGCUGCUGAAAUUGAACUCAUUCAUACAAAGAAUUUAGGAUUACUGAGUCAAAGAAUUGAGUUAGCUGUCAGCAUUGUGAUUAUCAUACUAACAUUGUACCCUUAUUUUUAUUUGAAAUUAGGCUUCAGUUGCAAAGUUUAUCAAAAUCCCAUUUAAUGUAUUGUUCUACUUUAAAAUAGAUAGUAUAUGACAAGUAUUAGAAUGCCAAAAUGUUCAGCUUUCACACACAAGAGUGUAUACAGUCUGGAAAACAUCAUAUUUCUUAUGAGGUAUUCUUGGAGUUUGUGUUGAUUUUGUUUUUAUCAGAGCUAAGUUACAUCCUGUAUUUAUAGAUAAUCCUUGAAGCCUUUUUUGAUGAGAACACCCCAGCCUCAGAAAAAAAAAAAAAAGCCCUGUUACCUUGCUUCGGUACCUUCAGUCUAUGGUCAGUUAAACCACUUGGUACUGUGUAUAUGCAAUCUAAAACUGGUAUCCCCCAAAUAUUUAUUUCUUAUUAAAAGUUCAUAAUAUAUGUUUUAUAAAACACUGGAAAAAUACAUAUAAAAAUAGAAAGUAAAAAAUUGGCCCAUAAUGUUACUACCUGCAGUUCACAACCCCAUGCAGUUUUGAAAGAUGUUUCUUAAUGCUGAUUCCAUACACAGUACAGCCUUGCUUUAAGUUUCCAUCUUUCCAACUUCACCAAAGAGCUGUUUGCAGUUUUUCAGAUAUGUGAUAACUUCCCAUUGUCUUACAAGGCACAUUCUAUCUUUAGUCUUCUAAAAUUCACAUUUCAAUGUUUUUAACUAUAAAAUAUUGAGAUAACUCAGUUUAAAUACUGUGUAACAUGUACAUAUAUCAAAACAUUACAUGACACCCUAUAAGCUAUAUGCUUUUUGUUUUUAUGUAUCAGUUCAAUUUAAUUGUAAAAAUGAAGUUCAAAUACCUGUUACUGAUAAUCCUUAUGUAAUGAGUGCCCCUGCUUAAAUGUUUGCCAUUAUUGAUUUGUCUGCUGUUAUUUUAUGCUGUGGAGCUAGAAUAGAGAAAUAGGUGAUUAGACAUAAAGAUAUGUGUUUGUGUUAUAUUAUUGUUGCAAAAAUAAGAUUAAUGUGAUUAUUGAAGGAUUGUUCUUAAUUCUUAAAUUUAACUAUUAUAUGUAAUUUGUAUUUAAAAGUGAGUAUCCUAAAUAUAAGGGUCUUUAUUUUGUAAAGACUGCAAUGUUUAGUAUUAUGAUAUUUGAGUCUCAGACAUUGUAUGCUAGAUUUCUAGAUGGUUACCUUAGUAGGUGGCCUAUUGUAUUUAGAACUGUCCACUCAUUUUCUUCUUAUAUAAUGCUGAGGUUUCUUUAGGGAUCUUGUACUAUUUGUAAAAUACACUGUUGGGUUAUUUUGUUUGAUUUCAAACAUUGCUAACUACAUAAUGGUACAGGUGUUUUUAAAAGUAUUUUAACCAGGGAUACAUGUAAACACAUGUAGUCCCAUUUCCCUUGGGAUUAAAGUACAAUGUGUUUGAACAUUAAAAUCAAAUAUUCACAUUGAUACUUAGAAUUAUUACAGAAUAGAUUUGUUUUCAAAGCUGUUAAUUGUUUUCUAGAAUUUUGACUGCUCACUCAUGAUUUUGCUGCUGUUAGCUAUGUUAAUGAAUGUGGUAUUUGACACAUAGACAUUUUUUUCAAGGUUUCUAACUAGUUUCCUCUUGCACAAAGUACAUAUUUCAUGAUGUGUUAGAAGAAAAGCUAGAGAUGAACUGUUAAGUGUUUUCCGGCAGGAAUAUGUUCACUGAUGUUCAAAAUCUGAUUGAAACAGUAUUCUCAAUUAGGGAGUAUAGCUUGAAAUGUAAGUGCAAGCUAUUGAUUUUACCCCAUUUAUUGUAACAAUACCUUCUUUAUCUUCUGAUGUUUCUCCUAAAUAAUGUUUAUCCCAACUACUGAAGAAAUGGAAGUCUGCUGUAAGAUGCAUCUAGUAUCAUUCAUUCUUCAAAUGGCUGCCAAUUCACGUUACAGUAGCAUUCUGGUUUGUAAUGAUAGUAAAGAAUUUUAAACCUGCUAUUCAGAAUAAUUGGGUGUUUCAUGGGAAUCUAGUAGUAAUUAUAAUAACUUGAAAGUUUACAUUAGAAAAGUCAUACCUAGCCAGCUGUGGUGGCAUAUACCUGUACUUCCAGUGUUUGGGAAGCAGAUGCAGGAGGAUCGGGAGUUCAAGGCCACCCUGGGACUAAAUGAGAGCCUGUCUCAAAACAACAACAAAACCCUACAAAAACAAUGAAUUUGGCUUUAACAAAAGAAGCAACCAAUGGGCUUGUAUUUAUUUUCAUAUAACCUUAUAUAGAUGGAACAUUCAAACAGGACAGUAAAAGUAUUUUGAUAAGUAAGAUGCACCCAAGGAAGGCUAAGGGUGCAGGUACAGGAAAGAAAGGAUUGAAACCCAAUUUUACUUGUAUCCACUAUGUGUCCAGACAAUUUCAUAUUUAGUCAUAGCAAAUUAUAGACUUGUUAGGCCUAUUUGAUAAUUGGUUCAAUGAUGGCAGUAUAUUAGUCGCUUGUCUUGGGCCAAUGGCAGGUUUCUUUACUGUCAAGUUCUCUCAUUCACUAGUAAAAUGUACAACCAUUCAGACUCAACUCCUAGCUUCUAAGUUCAUUUUCAGCGGGAGUUGUGCUGCAGUGCACUUGAGUAGCUUGACAAAACUUCUUUUCAGGGGGAUGGAAUUAUCUUAAAAAUGAAUUACUCUAAAAGACAUUGGGAAGCUACCCAUCAAUACUUACCCUAUGAAUAGUUUAACCCUUCAUUCCUUAGAAAACUCCAGAAUCUCUCCAUAUCGCUGCCGGCCAUGCUUACACUUGUGUUAAUUGCUAUGUGUGCUUGUAGUAGCUGUUCUUUUUAAGAUGUUCCGUAAGUCAUAUUGUCAGAUAUGCAAUCUAGUCUUCCUUCCACGUUUGGUGAAAUCUCACUGAACAGGAAUAAUAGCAAUAGCUAACAACAUCUGCACAGCACCUUACAGUUUGCAAAGAACGUUCACAAUCUUGUCUGAGUUUGCAUAGUGAACAUGUUACAGAGAUGUCCCUUGAUGUCAAUGCUGAGUGUUAGAAGUUUUAGUCACCAGUGUCACUUGCUAUGCUGUGGCCACGACUGGGGGUGGGGUGGGGCGUGGUAGUGCCAAUGUGUUGUCUGUAAAGCUUGUAUCAUCACAAUGGGGCCUGCAUUUCUUAGCCACUUGCAUCAGACUGACUUGUUAAGUGAUGCUUUUCUAGUCUUUUCCUGAAUGGUUUUUGUAUUCAGUAUCGUAGCCUGUGAUUUGUAUUAAUUUACCACUUGUUGUCAUUAAAUAUCUGUAAUGCUA